CUAUCCAAGUCUGCGAAAAAGAGGGCAGAAAGGGCAGAGCGGUUGGCUGCAACCAAGAUCGAGCGCCGGGCGAAAGAAAAGGCUGCAAAAAAGGAAAAGAGGCGAAUUAAAGCUGAAAAGCGCGCAGCCGGCGAGCUCGAUAGUGCCGAUGAAGCGGAAAAAGAACGCAAGAAAAAGAAACCAAAGCUGGAAUUUGGUGGAAGGGUACUAAUCGAUUUAGGGUUCGACGAUAAAAUGCUUGACAAGGAGAUCAAUUCCUUGUGUUCGCAGCUGGCAUAUACAUACAGUGCAAACCGCCAGGCGUCGUAUCCAUUUUCUCUGAUCUGUUCGUCUCUGAACGGGCGCACUCGAGAUCGCCUUGAGGCUAACAGCGACGCGGCGUACAAGAGAUGGGUAAAUACCGAAUGGUGGGAAGAAGGAUACGAGAGACUCUGGUCCGGCAGCGCUUUAUCAGUGGCGCCUGGAACCGAGAGCGAAAACGUACCAGGAAACAAUAGUCCCCAGACAUCCGCUACGGCAGAUCCGACCCAGACUGUCAAGCAAUCCGUGGUUUACUUGACUGCAGACUCUGAGGAGGAACUUACUGAACUCCAUCCCAAUGAGACAUACAUCAUAGGAGGCGUAGUGGAUCGUAACCGCUACAAGAAUCUCUGUCUCGAAAAAGCUAAAGAGUCUGGUAUUCGCACUGCAUCUCUUCCCAUAGGUCGCUACCUGGAAAACCUUCCAACGCGCAAGGUGCUCACUGUGAACCAGGUCUUCGAGAUUAUGCUCAAGUGGGUCGAGACCAAAGAUUGGGAGGCUUCUCUUUAUGCAGUCAUUCCCAAGCGAAAAUUUCUGUCCGGAGCUAAA